UGUUGAACUUGAGAGUGUGCGGGGCCUGGUAUCGUGCAGUUGUACUAGGCAUUUCAAGAGUUCGACGCGCUUUGCUGCGCGUAGUACCAGUAGUACAUUAGUACUUCGAGAACGUGAGGACGUCUGAACGUCGCAACAGCAGGGCAGCAGAAGUCUGUCUCAGCGAUUAGAUUGAACGGUUUCGAGUGGGUCUCUGCCUGUGCGUCAGUCACUUCUUGGAUGGUGCCGUGUUGACGACGUCGCUCAUGUCCCAGCUUUCCAAGGAGUCGGGCGUCGACCUAAACUUCGACGAAAUAAUGGCUUCGUCGUUGACACUGCAGGACACCACGCCGUACAGUUUCUACGAGGUGAAGGAUCGCACCGUCGUGCCGUCGUUGCCUCCACAGUGCGCGAGUGGUGCUGGGCAUGGAGGUGCUGGCGGAAGCACCAGAGGCAUCGUGCACUCGCGUCCUCCGGUGAGCCGCACCAACCUGAAACAACAACUGCAGCGUCACCAGGCAGAGCAGGAGGAGCGGCGUCUCCGCGAGUUGCUGGGGACACCCCGGCAACCCUCGUUGGCCAUCUGCGUUCCGGGCGUGCCUGACACCAUCCCAGACAACAUACAGGUGCCCACGCAGGUGUUGCAGGUGCAGUCGCGGCUGGAGAACCCAACCCGCUACCACGUGGAACAGAGCAAGCGUCGCCAGGUGAAGCAGUACCUGACAGGCAGUCAGCUGUUGUCACGGCCGCAGCUCCAGCACGUUGCCUCAUCGGCUCCUGGUGAGGCCUUCAGCCCUGACAGCCCUGCCUCGCUACCCCACAGCGGUUCAGCAGCAACCAGCAACUCGGAGUUUGAGGAUGCGUUUGAUGACCUGUCCCACUUUGAUGGCGAGGACUUCUUGAGCAGCCUAGGUGCAGGUCAGGGGGGCCAUGCCACCGUGCCCAGCUCCUUGGUGGAGUUUGAGGAGGUUUGGCCUGGAGGCGGGACCAAAGCUGGUGCUGUGUCUUCCUCGUGUCCUCCCGACCUGGCUUUGGUCAAGGAGGAAGAGCUGGUCGAGAAUGACCUGCGCGCUCUGGCCAAGGACCGCCAGAAGAAAGACAACCACAACAUGAUUGAAAGGCGGAGGCGCUUCAACAUAAACGAUCGCAUCAAGGAGCUUGGCACCUUGCUUCCAAGAACAAAUGACAGGCAUUAUGAGCUGGUGCGAGACAUCCGCCAGAACAAGGGAACCAUCCUGAAGGCGACCGUUGACUACGUGCGCACCCUCAAGAAGGAGAACGACCGCAUCCCGCUUGUGGAGGAGAAGCAGCGCACACUUGAGCAGCAAAAUAGGCAGCUGCUGCUCAGGAUACAGGAACUGGAGCAGACGAUGCAAAUGCAUGGCAUCCAACUGACGAGCCAGACAUGGCAUCCCACGUCCGAGUCACAGCUGAGUGCUCUUAUCACCGAUGGACCCACAUCCUUCAAUGACCUGUAUGACUUCAAAAGUGGCCAGGAGGACCUGAAGCCAGAUGAGUUUCAGCACGACACGUAUGACAUCAAGCAUGAGGCACCAAGCCCGAGCCCAAGUUCGGGUCUAAGUUCGGUGCCCAGUCCGGGCCACAACCUUGGCCACUACGAUGACACCAUCAUGGACGAUGACCCCAUGGGUGGUGCGGGUGACCCCCUCCUGUCAUCAUCGCACUUUCCACACGAGAAGCUCAACUCCCCUGGCACAAUGGACUAUCACGGAUAACAGACAACUUGCCCAUCUUAGCUGGGAUUAUGAGCUCAGCCUGGUGGGGUUGGACCACGCUGCUGCACAAUCUUCCCAUUUGCAUCCCUUGCUGCAAAAUUUGUCAACUGUGUUUUUUAUAUAAUGUGAAGGUGUUUAAGCCAGCUAUACAUAGAGGCAGGCGUAUCGCACAUGGAGAGACCUUGCCGCACCAACAAAGCAGUCUUUCCCUAGGUUUGCAUUGCAGAAUGGAUUGUUAUGGGGGAUGUCCGAAAGCAAGAAUUCUUGGACCAGGAGGCUUGCAUGUGAAUCUUUAGUUUGUGACAGAAGACAGCUUUUGCAUGGCUGUGCUUUUGCCCACAGGAUGGAUUGGCCUUAUCACAACAAUGGUGAGCAGUGUGCCUGUAGGGUCGGCUUGUCCACUUUUAUUGAAGUGCAGCAAGUGGAUUGCUUCCAUUGUGCUAUGCACUCAGAAGAGCGAUCUUUUUGUUGGUUGAUCACAUGAACUGCAUUCUCCUGCGCAUGUGGACAGACUGUUGUUGCUACACAGGGUUGUUCAUUUUGCAAGAUGGCAUGAUGUUACUUCAGAGAUGUUAGAACUGAAUUGCUGCUUCUUUCUUUGCCUGAUGUGCAUGCGUUGUUGCUGUUGACAGUAGUCUAACUUGUACAGAAAUGUGUCAUCCUACAUCGUGUCAACUUUUGUUGAAGAAGCAGAACCACUUUUUAAAACUUCUUUCGCCAUCUCACCUUCCACUCAGGGGCAUAGAGUGGGAUAACAGCUUCGUGGUAGGCGUUGCUAGAGUGCGGGAUAACAGAAUCGCAACGCAGUUGAAUAUGCUUAUAACAGAUGCAGUCGAAUCUCAAUAAUUCAAACUUGAAGGGGCCCGAAAAUUUGUCCAGAUUGAAACGACUUGUUCUGGACGUAUCCGUGCACCAUAGCACGAUGCACAAAUGGUGAGAGCCGUGAAAUAUCGUGGCGUGCAAGCACACAGCGAACUUGGACCACAAUACUGCCCACGCCAACCAAUGCCCGCUUCCCGAUAACGGCAGAAAAUGAAACUUGGAGUAAGCUAGAGCCGGGCCGGCAGGGCUUGUGGCGCGGAGACCGUUGAGGGAGUUGCAAGGGAGGGCGGGAGGGAAGCAGAUUUGCCUUCCUGCCAGCUUGAUGGAUAGCGCUAAUUACCUCUCCCACCUAAGACUGCCACCAAAGCAGCGGAAUUGCCGAGGCCAGACUGGGCCUCCGCCUCUGCUUCCCUGUGCGUGCUCGCAUGCUUUUUCCUUCGUCUGCUGACAGAUCGGCGCUGUGUUUCUACGUUCUUAACGCGAGUAAUGUCUUAUCAAGAUGACGAAGUUGUUUCCAGUGAUCGUAAUCAUGUUGGUCUGCUCCUUUCUACUGCGGCAUUGCAACAUUCAAAAGACAAAUGAGUGAGGUACUAGGUUCUGUCUUUGCGUCCUUGUAUUCAGGGUCUGUCUUGUACAGAAUCUGAUAUGGCGCACUGUCUCCAAAUUUUUCAUUGGGACAUCUCAGUUUAGACUCGUCAUUGUAAAAAAAAGCAAGAGUGAGAGCAGACGAUAGUGUGGAACAAACGGCCCGGCUGGUCCAGACGUGAGUACGAAUAGAACGGUCGGGCGGGUCUGCAUGGCUCCAGUUUCAUGCACGUACAUCACUCUACAGUGAUGUACGCACUCUUAUUGGUUAUCUUAGCGCGCGGCGUUGAGGGGUCCUUCAACACCGCACGCGAAAAUGCUUUCCUCUAUGGCGGGGGUCAAAGCAAUGCUGGUCGGAGGCGCCACCCCAUGAUUUGGCACGUUGCUGAGAGCAUUGUGGAGCACGGUAUGUUCGAAUGAACCGUCGCAAAUGCUUGCGCAUUCUAAUUACUGGGCGUUUUUGCUCAUUGCCCAUUGGAAUACACAUAAUUUUGAUGGGACCACAGCAUCAGUUGGAAUUAAUGAGAUUCGACUGUAUAAUACGUGUUUUCGUGUUAGACGAGACUUCGCCAUAAUGAGGUUCAACUCUGUAUGGAGCAGUGCUGUUACAGAUGAGAUCUUGUUCGGCAACUUUUGAAGCAGAGAUGGUGAGUGCCUCAACAUCAGUAGAGCACGCAUUGUAGAAUACAUGCUUAUUUGUGUUACCAUUUUGCUCUAAUACUGCUAAUCAAGUGCUUGAUUGAAGCAUACUUAGCGAGUAGUAUGUGUGACGAUUUAAAGCAAGCAUUAACCAAGAGAAAAACAUGAAAAUUAAAUUUUGUGGCCAUACAGAUUCUUUGUUCACAAUGAUACUGAAAGGCAGAAUGGUGCAGUGUGCAUUAAUCCAACUAGUAAUCAUGUUGGUAAACUAUUUGGCAGUCGGAAAAGUGAGUCCCCUUCCUUUUUCUCAGAAUAAUCCUGAUCUUGCCGACUCCUGAUCAAUAAUCGUGAUCUUGCUGGCCACUGUUGUGACCAUCAAAGCUGUUAGCGAUUUCGCUGUGGUCAUUGUUUAAGACUCCUGCCAGGACAGUCUUCCCUGUGUGUCGGCAUUUUUGUCCUCAACAGCUGUUUUGGUAGCCUCUGCUGUCAAUUCGAAUUUGUGCAUGCUCCCACCUACUGCAGGAGUGUUUGGGCCAGCUGAUUUGAGGUUUAUUGGUACGGUGAAACGUCCUGUGAAGGAAGGUAGUUUAACUGCCACCCGAUGUCAGACAAUGCAUUGGUCAAAGCCGGCGCAAACUGAGUAAAGUCAACAGUCGGAGCCAGUGGGACGAAGCAUUGGCUUUUACCUCAGAUUCUUGAUUUCGCUUGUUUCCUUUAUGUGACUGAGGAAAGUGUGGGAUCUGAGCUCGGUGUUUAGAACUGAGGACUUUGUAAGCUUUCGUAAAGCCUGCAAGGCCUUCACUCAACAGCAUCAUCUCCCAUCCAAAUGUUGUGCAGCCACAGCUGUCAUGCUGUGGCCUCGGCAUCUUGCAAGUAUGUGUCAAAAUCCAGUGUUACCUGAUUUUGGCCAAAAAUAUUAUCUUCCUAAACAUGUAAUAAUACUUUGUUUCUACGAGAUUGGAAUGAAAAUAGAAACGUAUUAUGCAGAAUUGUAUGAACAAGAUUCCAAGGUACGUGGAUGUGUCUGGAAUGUUGCGAAUGUUCCCCUCCAGAGCUGGUGGUGUGGGAAUGCCUUUAGGCUCGGAAGAAGCAGCUGCUGCUGAUAAGUACACAGUGCAGCAUGACAACCCUUUGUCUGCUGCAAGCCAUAGUCGGUGUAGUCUUCUUAAAGCCUAGAUUUUUGGAAACACCGGAACAGUGGCGGCCCAGUGAGCUUUGCUCAGUAUUUUGUAGAUUGCCCACAGCUCUGGAACAUUCACUCCUGCACGUAUCGGCUUGCCUCUUGUCUACUUGUUCCUUUGUUGAUUGAGAUAAAUUGCAAAUUAUCGAUGUUCAUAACCAAAAAUGAGUUCGACUCUUGGUAUUGUCGAUUGUUGCAAUAAAAUUUCACAAUGCAUACAUUUCUUGAAUAUUUGGUACUGUUCCUAACAUUGAAAUCCGACUUAGGUUUCUAUAGGUUUCAUGCAAGUUGGUACAGAACAGAUUCACUCUUGUACGGUUAUAAACAGCUUUAUCCAGCAUGAGAACCAGCGUUGAGGCAGUUUCUUCCCUUUUUUUUUUUUUUUGCAAGCUUGUUAGCUUUUGUGUCUGUGGCUGCAGUGUGUAAUUCAUAAUUGGUUAUGCAUACUUCAUGCCAUCCUAGUAGAAGACUAAUUUUGCGGUAACACAUUCUUUUUUAGAAAAACCACUGCAAUGGUCAGCACCCACAGGGGGUUAUGUUAAGGGCAUUAACUCGGCAAACAUAUUCCAGAUGAGAUAUUGUUAACCUUUUCUCCUUUUCACCUCGUGUCUUGAAAGCAUGUAGAUCACACUUCACCUGUGCUGGGCAAAUGUUGGUUCUUCAUCCCAUCUCAGCUUAGGCACAUUCGUUCAUUGUCCGACUAUGUAAAGAACUUUGGAUGAUGGACUGUGGGGAUCCACCUUCAGAGAUAGAGAGCCAUUUGGCUGCUGUGAAAAAAAGUUUGUAAAUUUCUUUGCACUGGCUUUACUUGAGGAAGUAUCAAAACAAGGCAUAGACAUUUUGCCACAUGUGUGGGUAGUAUCAUCAGAACACGAAUGGCCUAAAAGAGCGACUACAUCUUACUUAUCUAUGAAGCAGCUAUAAUAAUUUGUUUGGAGUAUGUUUUACUUUGAUCUUUUCUUGAGUAAAGCCAGUGUAAAGAAAAAUUUACAAAUUUGGGUUGUGGAAGCAUGGAACGCACGGGCACAGUGAUAUUGGAAUGCAUCGUGUAACUGUGCAAACAACAAAGGACAAAAAAGGAAACACACAGAACAGGCGCGACUGUCCUGUGUGUUUCCUUCUUUGUCCUUUGUUGUUUGCAUGGUUACACGAUGCAUUCCAAUAUCGACCACCAACUAGCCCGCCUAUCCCUGUUAAAUUUGACUAGUGAGUAGGUCGUGCCUAAAUUUUGAGAGAGUUUCGAGGGACUCCUCAUACUUACCAACGUGGAUAACUUUAGGUGGUUCUUCUGGGCCACCUAACUGGUUAUAGUGUGUGUUAAGAGGAAGCUUUAGCUUGGGCCCAACUCCGAUAUUCCCUAUUCAAGUACAUGUAAAAUGCAGAUGCACUUUUCUGAGAUGACCACAGGGCCGAUUUUAACAAAAUCACUAGAGUUUAAAUGCAACAAACCUCAUCAAAUUUGGUGCAGUGGUUGCAGAGAAAGCAGCGUCUCCUUUUGCAUGUAUUUAGAUAAGAACAUCCGAGCUAAAGCCUCGUCUUAAGACUGUGAUAUUUUAUUCUUAUUCUCUUAGAACAUGCUACAUGCACUAAAGCAAAGCGCUCAGUUUUGUGAACACUCGUACACAUUCAGUUGCCACCCAUUGUUGACAUCACCCGUUUUGUUCAUCAUGUUCAUUAUGUGUAUAUUGGAGCAUUGCUCAGCAGGCAGUAUUGGUUGCUCGAAGGUGUGCAUACCUAGAGAACAAUCAGUCUAUUUUUCAGUGUUUGGAACUAUAUGUACUGUGUGCAUAGAUGCAUGUCAUUUGUUGGUGGUCCCUGUUGUCAGAGAGGGCAUGUAAUACGUUGAGCUGCUUUGAUGCAGCCAAGUGGCAUCUGUCAUUGACAGUAGUAGCUGCGUGCCAUAAAUGCAUUGCCUUCACAGUGUCCUUGACUGGUCACAUGUGACCCAUGUGAUACAUUCUGCUUGUCAAUACUUUUGGAUUUAGGGACUAGUUUCGAUCCUCAUUUGAGCUUGCAUCACUGUUUGUAAUGUAAAUAGCACACCUUGUAAAUACUGAACUUGUUGCUCUCACUUUGUUUCCUUGUACACAUAGAUAUAGUAUUAUUGGUAAAAGGAGUGUGCGUUAUGCUGUAUCAGACAUUGCAGACAUAUUUUGAAGGCUAUUAGUUUUUUGCAGAUGGCUUCAAACAUGGCUUGUAUGCUGGCUGAAGUCAGUGUUCUAGUGUUAGGUGAAGCGCUCCACAACCUGUGUGAUCAUAUCCCACCAUUGCAUGCAAGACCCCUUGAUGUGAGGAACUCUUUUGAAGAGUGCCAUGUGCUGACGGUGAUAUGUGCUUGCAGUGAUAGCUCUUGCACUUCACAAGUGUGAGCUGAGGCACACGAUGGUCUGGCGAACUACAUCUGGUGUUGACUGUGUGGUGGACCGCUUCAGUGUAUAAAUUUUUCGCUAUUCGAAGUCCACUGUUAUGUUCGUGUCAAGCCAAAGUGGAUCCCUAUUUGACUGCCCCGGCCUAAAGCAAGGUGUGUGUGUGCGACUGUCGGUAACUGUCGUUGUCAAGGACAUCAACGAGGCCUGCCUCACCAAAGCUUUCUUUUCUGCCGUUUGCAAAUAGAAAAGAUUCUAUAUGUACUGCAUAUUUAAGGGCUGUGUAAGGAAAAUCUCUGCAGUAUGCCUUGCUGCAUUACAUUAGAUUGGAAACUAUGGCACCACCGGUGUGGCGAGCAUAGAAGUGUUAUGGACUCUUUUUGAAGCUGUGUGCAUCAAAAUUUGUUCUAUGGAGGCCUCGGAACAUUGCAAAGAGAAAUAAUUGCUUGGGACAUACACACAAAGUGAGUGCAUAUAUGUUUAACUGUUAGCAUGCACUCAAGUGUCAUUGAUUAUGCACUGGAAAUUACUCAACAAAAUUAUUAAUUUGUGACACUUUGCUUAGGCUAAAGAAAUGUUAUAAGGCUUGUAGAGAACACAAUCGAACUACAUAGCACAAUAAUAUAAUCUGCAAUGUGUUUUCUUUUUUUUUCAAUCAGUCCAUGCCAAAUUAUAAAAACAAAUGCGUGUGCUACUAUUGCUUUUCUUUGUGGCUGAACUUCCUGUAAUGUCAAGUGUGCAAGUUAGAUAGCAGCAGUGGAGAUGAGGUGCUUGUGGUCACAUCCACUUUAAUGUUCCAAGAGAGAGAAAGCUUCGAGGAAAGCUUCUGACAGCUCAGCCUACUGCAGUGGCGUCUGAAAUAACAGUAACCUAACAAGCUGUACACAGGUGGCUUAAAUAUUAAAUUAACAAGAGAAUGAUAUUAUGUUAUGUACAGGUGAACAUGGCGACAUCCCGCUUUCUUUUUGGCAUAAUACUGGGCAGAGCCUGGUCCUCUGUUUGUGCCUUCAUGUGGGACCUGCGCAAUCACAAAUGAAAUAAACUUUUAUUAUGAUGCUAGUCCUCAGUGCCUUGUCAAGGAAGACUGUGCAGCUAAAUUGUCCAGCUUAGCCGGAGAGUAGCUCUGUACAAGAGUGCUGCAGUUGUAACCUGAAUUAAAUGAAAAAAAACGUGUAAUGAAAGUUCCUCUCAUAAGAUGUGCUCUCACUUUAUGAAUAGUUUAAGGCAGGCACUGUAGAGUCAUACCACAAGCAUAUUUCAUGGCUUUGAAUAAAGAUGUUCGAAGAGCA